UCACCCCUGCUUGUAAUCAGUUUAAUCAUGUCUUGUCUAUUUAUACCCCUAAGGUUGGCUAGUUUGUUGUGUUGUAUUGUAGUGUCAACAUCCUUGUCCUUCCUGAGUGACUAUGUUCCUGUUUUUAGAACAGUGUUUCAUCGUGGUGUUCAGAUGCGCUACACGUUUAAGCCGGAUGACUGUAUGGUCAUCUCCAUUCCUCUGGGCAGCAUCAGGAACAUGAGGGACGGUCAGCUGAUGCCAGAGAAGUUCACCUGCGUCUUCAAGGAUGCUUACAAAGUCUUUCUGAAAGGAAGACCAAAGGAGCUUGGGGCUGCUCAGCUCAGUAUUGGUGCCUUCAUCAUCUGCAUUGGCAGCCUCCUGUCUCUCGACUACAGUACAGUUCAUCUGAUAUACACCCUACCUAGUGUACUGUUCAUUGCUACUGGCGUUAUGACCUUUGCAUCUGGAAGUUCUCCAUUUAUGCCAGUGGUGAAGCUGUCCUUCAUCUUCAACAUCAUCAGCCUCUUCUGGUCCAUCACCCUUCUGGUUCUCUGCCCAUUAUUAUCAGCGGAGACCUCAUUUGAUUCCAGUCCUGACGAAACCAGAAAGUUACCGAUGUUCAUUGGGCUGAAGGCUGUGAUCGGUGUUUUGGGUGGGCUUGAGCUGAUUCUGGCUCUGGUUCUGAUCUACUGGGAGAGUAAAGCUGUGUGCAGACCUCACUUCAACACUCUGCCCUUGAUCACCAUCAAGCAAGACAUGUGAUUGGACGGUUGGUUGACGGAUGAGCCAAUCACAGUCGGGGUUUCUCCAUGUGGUCACAUGUGAAUUUGUAUUAUUGUGUAUAUACUUGUUCAUGUCUUUUUAAUGCCUCUGCUUGUAGAGUUUGAGCGUCAGUAUGACUGUCAACAUUUUAAAUGUCUAGUUAUAUAACAUGUUUCACAUUGUAAAUUGCUUUAUUUAAAAGAUGUAUUGGCAUUUAGAUAUGCAAAUACAUACAGUGCUCAGCAUAUAUAAGUACACCCCUCACAAAUCUCUCUUUUAAAUUCAUAUUUUUAAUAGGAAG